AUGAGGGAGGUCAAUUUCAGUAUCCCGAAUGUCAACAAGGCAUCGGUGGGCAUCACCACUGCUCUCUACGACCGUCGAGCCCUCGACUGCACAUCGACCUUGCCGCUCAUCAACUCGCUAAACCACCUUGCGUAUUUGACCACAUCUUCUGCUCGAAUCCGAGACAUUCUCACCGUCGAUGGAGGCAUCGAGCGCCUCGUCUGCAUCCUCAAGCAGGGCAGAAGCAAGGAUAUGAUGGACAUGUGGAAGUGGAAUCUCGCCUUUCAGUGCGUCGUCAACAUAGGUGUUCGUGGUACCGAGGGAGUUCGCACACGCGUGGUCGAGGCCGACAUGGUUCCUGUCAUUGCCACCAUUCUCGACAACUACAUCAAGGUGGUUGAAAAGUGUCGAGAAAAGGCCGAGGAGGCAAAGCAAAAGCACAUUUCCGAGCACCACCAUCGCCAUCGCAGCCAUUCUCAUCGUGAUAGCUCAAAGUCGACCUCGUUUACCAAUCGCACCAGCCGCGGCGAUCUCGAGCAACGUCCUUUCCGUCGUCAAGCUCCGCCCCCUUCGAUUGAUGUAUCAGCUGCCAGCUUUGCCGGUCCCUCGACUGCAACCACCGCUGAGCACGGUAACCUCGAGGCCACUCCGACAGGUCCCUCGUUUCCAGUCACUUCGCCGCCUGACCGAACCACCUUUACCGGCCACAGACACCAUCACCACCAUCACCACCAUGGACACCGCCACGAGUCUCGCCAGACUGUCGCUUCUCCUGCGCGUAAUGUCGUCCAGCCCUUGGCCAGUGCUGGCCCCAGUGGUGAUGCUGAUGGUUUCAUUCGCCCUGUUCGCGAUGUCGAUCGACUGCCCUCCAUGAUUCCCGUCUUUCCUCAUCCUGGCUUGAACACAUCGCAGCCAGCCUCGCCGACGACCCCGCUGCCGCCCCCUCAGGCUCGAUCCCCGACUGUGCGACCGGCUUCGGUUCUCGGCCCCAAUGCUCGUACUCGUAGACGCCCCUCCAUCAGACAUCAAAACUCCACGGCCGAUGCCAAUGUCGAUUCAGAUGAUUUGAACGCCGAGAGUGUCCAGUCGGACGAGUCACAGGAUGUAGACAUGUCUGGCAACAAUGAGAUGCAGCCUGCUGUUGGAUUCCAGGACAUUGCCAUGGACGAGGGUGACAGCACUCUGGUCGGUACUGGUCUGGAGCUGACUACACCCACCGUCUCCGAGGUUCCCGAGGCUGGAACGUUCAACAUUACCCACCGCGCACCUGUUGAUGGUAGCAUCCAGACCGGUACCACUACACCCGUUCCCACCAUUGGCCUCUCUCCGAAUCGACCAGUGGUUCCCACUGCUCCGCCCACACUUGCUACCCACUCCGGAGGUGUGCCUCGUUAUUUGUUGGAUCGAUCUCUGCCCAAUUCCAACCCGCAGAUGCUGGCCGCCAUGCCUAGAGAGGAGGAUGUUCUCAUGUCGCUACAGCUUCUCGCCUACGUUUCCAAGUACUGCAACUUGCGCUCAUAUUUCCAAAACAGCCACCUUGUUCCCAAGCUCAAGAUUGGCAGCGAGCUGCAACUGCUCGAUGGCGACAAUGUCAAGCCCGAGUCCACGAACGAGGAGGAAGAUGAGGAGGAGUACCUUCUUCCCAACGACUUCAACAUCUUUCCCUUGGUUGAAAAGUUUACAGUCCGAUACCACAGCACGGACAUGCAGUAUUGGGCUGGGGUUGUUAUGCGAAACCUCUGCCGUAAGGACGAUACCCGAGGUGGCAUUCGCCAGUGUGCCUACUACCAGUGCGGCAAGUGGGAGGAGUUUACACGACAAUUUGCCAAGUGUCGUCGUUGCCGUCGGACAAAGUACUGCAGCAAGGAGUGUCAAAAGAGCGCCUGGGCCUUUCAUCGCCACUGGUGUGUCCAGGCCUCUCAAUGA